GGAACAACUUCUCUUACAAGUAUUUCAAUAGCCAAUGAGAGAAAAGUAGAGACUACCACCUUAUGAAAAAUAGCCCAUCUUUAUAAACCUUUAAACCCAGAACGGCAUUCCUCUUUAAGUCUCUACGGGUUGGGUUUCCUCAGUCAUGCCUCCAUCAAAUAGCAUUGACGAUUUAUGGUCUGUUCGCAGAGCGCGAGAGGCAGCCCAAGAAGCUGAAGUCAAAGAUAAAUUAGUUAUGAAGCUCAAAGAGAAUGGCAUACUCUCUGAUGGGCAAAUGGAUGCAUUUAAACGCGAUGUGGUCAUGCACCACCAAGAGCAUAAUAUUAGGAUACACCAAGAAUCGUCGUUGCCAAGUUCUCAGUCUCGCCAACUUGAGAUAGAGAAAAUGUUUAAGGACUUAUCCUUGCACUCAUUUGUUCCCGCCGUCUUGGACUACUUUAAAAACCACGUUUCCAACGACCGUUGUAUCCAAAUUUUUGAGGAUGUCAUUUCAGUCCUUCCAAAUGAUCAACAAGACCCGCCUGAGACUAAACUUAACCCUCGCGAAAAGCCUAGGACACCAUUCUCCAUAUCUAAAGCGGUAAAGUUUUUCUCUCGUGCUUUACUCUAGACAUAGAUUCAUAGUUCUAAUAUCCUAUCAGAAACCCGAGUCUAUCAUGUCUAGUGCUGAGUUAAUCGACGCUCUUGCUGCAGCAACUGGUAUGGAACCACGGACGGCGAUAUUGAUUCGUGGUCAAAUUGUAUGGUGUGACUCAAUAAGUGGCUCAAUCUCGGGGAUGUUGGAACUUGGCAAUGGACUCGUCAGCCACGGCCGACUCGGUCGCAGUCAUAUGCUCGCAGAUGUUCCUAACCAGUACGUUAGGGAUCGUUUGAUGGAUUACAUUAUCACCGAGCUUGAGGAUGAUCAGAAAGAGUGCGCAAAAAAAGCCGUAUUCCCGGACCUUAGCGCCACCGAACUCGAACAAUACUCCGCUUUGAUUGAGAAAGAGGUGGAAAAAAACAAGCCCAAGACCCGGGAUGAGAUGAUAGCGCGAAUAGCCGGUAAGAAGCCGCUGAGAACCGAAAGCGAGAUGGAACGCGUACUGGAUCAAGCUUAUGCUAUGGACCAAGUUGACAAAGAUAUUGACCUGACUCCUCAACCCGGUUUCAGUAUCCGGGAUUACGGUCGCCCAGGGCCCCUCGUUCGCUCAGUAGUGCAACCAGGCCUCAGGCAGUUGACCCCAGAAGAAUCAGGAUUAAAUGUAGGUAUAGAUAUCGACAAGGACUGCGAUCAGAUUCGGGUCAUGAUCGUGUGCUUCGUAGACGGGAAAGGGUGGACUGCAGAUCAAUUUCGCUGGGCACUAGGAAAUGUCUCACGUCAGCAGCUAACAACAUUUCUUCUUGAGAGAGGUCCUAAGCAAGGAGUCAAUAAUUCGAUUUUUCACCAUGCAUGGGAAUUCUUCAAGAAACGCGAGAUCUUGGGUCUGCCGUUGACGGAAGUGUCAGAAGAAGACACUAUUGUCCUCCAAGAUCGCGAUAGCUAUCGUGCAAACAAACGUCAGAGCACUGAUGGGGAAGGGAGUAGUUCUAAAAGGAAGCGUACGAGAAGGGCAUAACCAGAUGAGGUAAAGAGGGUUACGGGAAAUUUUGAAAUAUACUGUCUUUCAAGGUAAAGCAUCGAUAUACAAGGUAUGUAGUGUAGGAUGGGGGGAAAAGGUGGCUAUAAAGCCAAUAUCAUAUCAUGGAAUAGUGUUCCUUUGGUAACCUUAGGAGCCUUAGAUUCUGUCGGGGAAUAAGUGGGAUCAGGGGUAAAUUCAGGGGCAGAUCUACUAGAAUUAGGUAUAUAAGAAGCGCACAUUGUUCUUAAAAGAGAAUAGAAGGGCAGAUGUUAA